AUGGGAAUCAAAGGGUUAUAUCAUGUCAUCGCCGACGAGGCACCUGAUGCCAUCAAAACCGGGGAGAUCAAGAACCACUUUGGGAGGAAAGUGGCAAUUGAUGCAUCUAUGAGCAUCUACAGUUUCCUCGUUGCGGUACGAUCAGAAGGCCAACAACUUAUGUCAGACACGGGCGAGACUACAUCACACCUGAUGGGCAUGUUCUACAGAACGCUGAGAAUCGUGGAUUCGGGAAUCAAACCAUUAUAUGUUUUUGACGGAGCACCACCAAAGCUGAAAUCCGGCGAACUGGCGAAGCGAUUUGCUCGCAAGAGCGAGGCCAGCGAGCAGCACGAGGAGGCUAAAGAGACCGGCACGGCAGAAGAGGUCGAAAAGUUCUCAAGACGUACGGUAAAGGUGACCAGGGAACACAAUGAAGAGUGCAGACGGUUGCUCAAGCUCAUGGGCAUUCCGUACAUCGUCGCACCCACUGAAGCAGAAGCACAAUGUGCGGUUCUGGCGCGAGCUGGCAAGGUGUAUGCAGCAGCGUCAGAAGAUAUGGACACGCUUACAUUCGAUUCACCGAUCUUGUUGCGACACUUGACCUUCAGCGAGCAACGCAAGGAACCCAUUCAAGAGAUCCACCUCGACAAGACAUUGGAAGGCCUGGGCAUGGAUAGAGCGCAGUUCAUCGAUAUGUGUAUCCUCCUUGGCUGUGAUUAUCUUGACCCCAUUCCCAAGGUUGGCCCGAAUACUGCAAUCAAGCUCAUCCGAGAACAUGGCACGUUGGAGAAGGUCGUUGAGUCCAUUGAGAAUGACCCGAAAAAGAGAUACACCAUUCCGGAAGACUGGCCAUACCAAGAAGCAAGAGAGCUGUUCUUCCACCCCGACGUGCGAUCUGCUGACGACCCCGAGUGCGACUUCAAAUGGGAAGCACCGGAUGUGGAAGGACUCGUUCAAUUCCUGGUCAACGAAAAAGGCUUCAGCGAAGACCGAGUGCGAAGUGCUUCCCAGAAAUUGCAGAAGAAUGUCAAGACAGCCCAACAGUCCAGACUUGAAGGCUUCUUCAAAGCAAUGCCAAAGUCCGAGACAGAGAAGAAAGACCUAAAGCGCAAGCAUGACGAGAAAAUUGCAGAUGCCAAGAAGAAGAAAAAGGAAGAUGCGAAGACGAAGAAGGAUUCCAAGGCCAAGGCACAUAUCAACACAUGA